UCCUGGUCAUUACCGCAUGGUCCACGGCCCUGGCGGAUGGGUGCAGGCAGGUUGUGGACUGCCGCUCGAUCGCCAUGACUUCAUGACUGUGGCUCACGUGCAAUCAGAAGUGAGGGCGGCUUGUCUCGGCCCUCUGGCGCUGGCCUUCGACGGUCCCGCCCUGGCUUUCCAAGCAUCGCUUCUGCGUUUCCAAGCCAGAGCAACAGCCACCGGCUCUGGUCGUGUCGUCUUGGCUUGAAUUUGGCUCGCUCGCUCGCUCGCUCGGUGUUCGUGUGUUUUCACAUAUUGGGAUUCCUCGCCAGACCUCUUCGACUGCCAACGACACCACCACCUGGCAUUCUGCUGACAGCAUACGUUCGAAAUGGCCAGCAUGCGGGACGCCAUGAAGCGUCUUCAAAUCAUCUACGAGGCGUGCGCACCAGAGGCCAUCGAGGAAGCUGCCAUCGAGAACGCGAUGGACGAGUUUAGCAAAAUGCGGAAGAAGAUCCACAAAGGCGUCAAGGAAGUCCGGGUGGCUCUCAAAGAACGCGAAUCGCUGAUGGCUCAGUCCGGAGGAACUUCCAAUGAAGUUGCCGAAGCGUCAUACCGCAUCCGCGUCAUGAUCCGCAAUCUGAAAGAGGAUUCGACCAAGCUCCAGAAUAUCGCAGCCAAAGAUGAAAAGAAGAAACGCAUCAAAGAUCAGGAACAGCUUCAGGAGCGUAAAGAAAUCGUCACGCUGUGCCAACAGCACAUCGAGGAGUGCGAGAAUCUCGAGAAGAAACGGUUUAACGAGGGACACGGCGUCGAGCGUGUAGCGCUCCUGACAAGCAACAACAAGGCAAAGCCCGAGGAUGACUCUCGAGCGCAACUCUUUGCCAAGAAGGGGGGCGAGCCGGACCCGUAUCUCGACUCGGAGCUGAACGAUAUCGACGUGGACGAGGACAUGCAGAAGAUUAAAGAGAAAAACAAGGCGAUUGACACCGAUCUCGAGGGGAUAAGUGUCGGUGUCGGCAAGCUCAAACAGAUUGCCUUGGACAUGGAUCAAGAACUCACCAACCAGAACGAAAAGCUCGACGAGGUCGACAAAAAGGUCGAGAACGCCCUGGACCACGUCGACAACCUCAACAUCAAGAUGAAAAAGUCGCUCGAGGGCGUCAUGAAGGGCGACCGCUUCAUGGUCAACUGCGUGCUGCUGUGCAUCCUGCUGGCAAUCGUGGCCUUCAUAUCGAGUAUCUUCUCGACAUCCAAGUGAGCGGAGCGUCGACCGGCCCGCUGACUGAGCGGCCGGCGGUUCUCCCGGAUUUUACUCGCCGCUUCUCCUGCCUUCCUGGCAGACAUGCACUUCGUGCACCAGGCGAACACGAGCGUUCUCACCGG